GUCACUGCUGAGGAUUAAAGCUCUAGCAGGCUAUGCAACCCACGUCAGCAAGAGCUCACUUUCUCCUUUCUCUUAGUGCUCGGCACCAGCUGGUGGUCUGACAAGAUGUGAAGUGUCACCUUCGUGCUGCCUACAUGUCCAGACCCAAAGCUCUUUAGAAAAGGGGGGGGGGGGAAUGAGCAAGUCUACCUAAGGCUGACUUCAGAAUGCACUUUUGUUUUUAACAAAAACACUCAGCUGGCUUCCUUUAGGGGAAGAAACUAUCCGAAAGCUACCUCCUCCUUGGAGGUCUCUCUUCCCCAAAUGGCCCGAUGAUGUGGAGAGAAGAUGCUCUGAUGAUGGCUGACUGGUGAUUUGGACCUGAACUUUCUCUGCUUUUUCAUUUUCCUGUGUUGUAAAGAACACUGCUCAAUUCUGUCCUAUGGUGUUGGUUCAGGAGAUUGAACCUGGGACCUGGGACCUGAGAGCCUCAAGAGAGAAUAUGAAUGUGUUACUCAGGCUUGUUUGUUUCAUAGCUCUACUGACUUCUCUGAAGGCUGAUGAAUGUGAACAACAUCAUGAAAAAAUAAUUAUAGUUUCAUCUGCAUAUGAAAUGGAUGUUCGUUCCUGUCCUAUUACCACAAUUUUAAACAAAAUCAGUAUAACUUGGUUUAAAAAUGACAGCAUAAUGCCUAUAUCUACUGAAAGAGAUAUGAGGAUUCAUCAGUACAAUGAUAAAGUUUGGUUUGUUCCUUCUAAGGUAGAAGAUUCAGGAUACUACUAUUGUGUAGUAAGAAAUUCAACACACUGCAUCAAAAAUAAAUUAACUAUAAAUUUCGUGGAGAAUAAUACCAACUUGUGUUACAAUAACAAAGCUCUAUAUAAACAGAAACUACCCAUUGCACAGGAUGGCAAUAUUGUAUGUCCUUAUUUGGAAUUUCUAAAAAAUGAAAACAGUGAGCUUCCCAAAAUACAGUGGUAUAAGGAUUGCAAAUCUCUGUUUCUUGACAGUGUAAACUUUAUUGGAAAAACAAAUAAACUUCUCAUAAGAAAUGUGAACGAAGCACAUAGAGGGAAUUAUACUUGUCAAACAACCUAUACACACUUGGGGAAGCAAUAUCCUGUUACCAGGACUAUCGAAUUUAGUACUACAGAGUCAAAUACACGCAAGAGGCCUGUGAUUGUCAGCCCAACUAAUGAGACAGUGGAAAUAGACUUGGGGUCCCAGGUACAGUUGCUCUGCAAUGUUACUGGCCACUGGGAUGAUGAUGUGUACUGGAAGUGGAAUGGAUCAGUGAUUGAUGAUGAUGACCCUGUUCUGGUGGAAAUGAUUAGGCUGGAGAAAAACCCUUCAACCAAAAGAAAUGAUAGAAUCAUUGCAGAGCUCAAUAUUUCAGCAGUGGAAAAUAGAUUUUAUCUGUAUCCAUUUGUCUGUUUUGCCAAGAAUUCACAAGGUUUGAAUACAGCAUAUGUCAAAUUAAUUUAUCCAGCUCCAGAUUUCCGGGUCAACUUAAUAGUAGGGCUUCUCAUCUUGACAGGGAUGGUAGUGUCUGUUGUGUGUGUCUACACCAUUUUUAAGAUUGACAUUGUACUUUGGUAUCGAAGUGCCUUCCUUUCUACUGGAGUCAUAGAAGAUGGGAAGCUUUAUGAUGCAUAUGUCUUAUACCCCAAGACUCAAAGAGAAAGCCACCACCAAGAUGUAGCCACACUGGUGUUGAAGAUCCUGCCUGAGGUGCUAGAGAGGCAGUGUGGAUAUAAACUAUUUAUCUUUGGCAGAGAUGAAUUUCCUGGACAAGCGGUGGCCAAUGUUAUUGAUGAAAACAUUAAGCUUUGCAGGAGACUGAUCAUCAUACUUCCUAAAUCUCUAAGUUUUGCCCUGUUAAAGAACAUGUCAGAAGAACAAAUAGCUGUCUACAAUGCUCUGGUCCAGGAUGGUAUGAAGGUCAUUCUGAUUGAAAUGGAGGAGAUCAAGGACUAUACAGUCAUGCCAGAAUCCAUUCAGUAUAUCAAACAGAAGCACGGGGCCCUCUUGUGGAGUGGGGACUUCACAGAGAAGACCCAGUGUGCAAAAACAAAGUUUUGGAAGAGGGUGAGAUACCGCAUGCCACCCAAAAGUUAUCCACCAUCAUCUCCUGUCCAGUUGUUGAAGCAUCUGCCCUGUGACCUCACAGCUGGAUAGUGGAAGGCCAGUAUGCCCUCAUUACCCCGUGACAGAGAGGCUGACUUCCAGGGGUGGCUUAGCACUGGACAUUUCAUUUGAGCUGUUCGCUUAAAGCUGGCUGCUGAGCACUUGUUUCGGGGGCCUUUGUUUGCUUGUUUUGAUCAGAGUUAUCUGUUAGAGAAAAUGCAUUGCCUUCCCAGCAGACCUUUGUUGAUUUGUUGGCUCUGGAUGCUCAUGAACAGACACUGAAUACAGUUCAGACUGAGCAUCUGAAUCCCGGGGAACAGAACACAAAAGCCUGGAGAGCUACAGUUCAGAUGUAAAGAAGUUUGUUGCUUGGUGUGGCAUCUCUAUGUCCUGGCAUGGGAGCCUGGGAUGUCAGGGAUUCACAGGAGGAUAUUGGUAGGCUCACAACGAUAAUAGUACUUUUUUCAUGCCUUGA